CCUUAAGUCUGACCCAGAGCUGUGGUCAGUCUGACCCAACAGAUGAAGAGGGAGGAUCUUUUCAAUCUUCUCAAGCUGAACGAUGACAGCCAGAUCUUGGAAGGCAACACGGCUCCUGGUGGCCAUUCUGGUGGCCCUGGUGGCCUUCAGCUACCAAGUAAAGAGGAAAACAUUUAUACGGGUUGAAGAAGUGAAUGCAUUGGAGUCUUCUGUGAAGGAUACAUUGGAGUAUAUCACACAUGAAUACAACAAGAAAAGUGAAGACUUGUACAACUUCAGGAUCCUUCGAAUCCUGAAGAUUAUGAAGCAAAUGACAGAUCACAUGGAGUAUCACGUCACAGUGGAAAUGCAGCGGACCACCUGCUUGAAGACAGAGAUGAGCCUCUGUGAUAUCCAGAAAGGGGAACUUCACAAGAAAAUCCAGUGCUACUUCUCAGUGUACGUCAUUCCCUGGGAUGAAGUAUUCAAAAUACUCAAGAAGAACUGUACCAAUAGCAGCUGAGUGUCCUGGAGCACAUGCGGUGUCAUCCUCCGUGCUUCCAAUCACCCUGCAAUCAAUAGUAACCCUCAAUUUGCCUAAUAAAAAGGUCAGCCUAUUCUCUU